UCGAUCCUAGCUGUCAGGAAGUUUCGAUGUUGUUUUGGACACAUCGCCCGGACCACAGGCUACAUAUAUAAAAAGCAACAAGAAAACACAUUUUGACUCCCUGAGCUGAGCUGUCUGACCUACAAGAAUUUCCAAAGCUGUGCAAUUAGACAUGGUCGAUAUUUCAUCAAGAUUGACAGAUGCCCAAAUAAUCACUUUGCAGUAGGUAUAUAGAAUACUGUCCAUCAGCCCGAAGCCAGAGCUUCUUGAUUUGCCUAUGUGAUCGUCAGGUAGCCGUUUCAGUUGCAUAUACAUGCAAGUGCAGCAACAUCAGUCCUACUGAACGGCAUGCCCCACUCACCAUGUAUGGCCGUAAAUGUGGCAGCAGAGUUGUCCUAAAUCUACGGCGAGGGUGAGGUCAAUUGUCAAGGUAAGGUCGUGUCGAGCUAGCUCUUAAAAGAAACAGUCCGACAGGCAUGGAUUCACCAUGGGCCAGGCUUGAGUGCCAUUUGUUGUCCAAUCCAAGUUCACGCUGUGGAGGUGAACGCCCACAGAAGCCACAUGUUUGGAUGAGUACAAAGUGCUGUCUUGUAGCUGCAACUGCUGUAGCUCUUGCACACCAACAUGCAGCUUUGCUUCGUGUAUAUCCAUUCCGAUUCGACAGUUGAUGCGCAUUUGCGUUGGAACUUGAUCGCACGAUUGGUCACAGCACCAUUGCCGCGGGCGGAGGAGCUGCAAGCGCUGGCGAGUCAGUCCUCCCAUGAACCCAUCAAAGAUACAAUGACUCGAGUGAAUUCAGGAGAAUGUUGCCUAGGUUUCCAUGAUUGGCAUUUCUUUUUGGCCAUUGUGAUAUAAAGUUCUUGGAGGGCAAGCUCCAAUGUCCCUGGCCAAUCCUUCGAGUUGGAAGCGCUCAGAGAAUCAUUGUGCAAGUUUCUGGAAAGGUUAGGCCUUCAAAAUACAGGUUUGACCUGGACAGGAACCAUGCCAUGCGACUGUUCUCCAACUCUCAGCAAGGUUAAGUGAAGAGAUCCCAUCAGACCUAGAGAAUCCCAGCGCACCUUGAGCUAUCAGCUACAUCUCACAUAGGUUCAUUGCUGACCUGAGGUCCUUCACACCAUUUCACACUCCACAAGCAUGUGGUCCUUCACACCGGCUGCUAUGAGGCUUUUGCCCGAGGCUUCUGCUUGUUGGUCCGAGUGUGGCAGUGUUUUGACACCAAGCCCUUUGUGGCUGAAGCCCCUUUCAGCAGAAUGGCAGAGUGGUUGCCUCAUGUUGCCAUUCUUUUUUUGUCACUUGGUGAGUGAACGGUCUUCACUGCCAUCAGAGCAAAAGCAAAGCAAGAAGAAUUUCGAACAUGUUUGCCCAUGACAGGCACCAGCUGUUUGUUGAGUCAUUGGGUCCAAUCUCCCCUUAAAGCGCCUUGGCGGUUCUGCUUGCCCCUGCUUAACCCCUUGGAUUUGCUCAGGCAACCGUGUUGCAUUGGAUUUGGUUUCCCUGCCAUACAUCGAUUGCCUCCUGCACAUUGUCAAUGCUCGCACGUUGCGAAACCAAAUAUGCAUAGUCUGCAUAGUUGUGGUUUUGCACUGCAGAAAAAAACCAAUGGGAUGGUUCAUCCAAAGCGUGCACGCCUGAGAGGGUCAAUGCUGUCAACUGGUCGAAGAAAAACAUGACUUUUUAAUGUCAAAAGCACAUUUGCUUCCAGGAUCACGUGCCCGCUACCGGAACAAGUUGUCUUGGAGUCGCCUACAAAGGUGCAUGAUUGCACAGGCUAGGGAGGAGCGCAACAGAUACCGAUGCGACAUUUGCGACCUCUUGCUAGACGCUUGCCAGUAUAGCAGGAAGUCCUACCUGAAGAACAUCUCAUGAAGCUGUCUGCACUGUCACGCUCAACUAUUUUCCUCACAGAUGGCAGUGUGUAAUGCGCUAAACGCAUUCGUUGACCAAUGUCCCUUCCUUGCGCAACUAUGACGUUCAACCAAUACAAAGAAUUCUGCGCUGAUUUGGGUUUCGAGCAAGGUGAGUUGUUUGUGCAAUGUACCAUUGCUAAGGUAAAGUUGCUUUUAGCAAGAAGCAUCCAGACCCAUUGUCAAAUGCCGCCAGGAAGAUUGCCUUGGCCUACUUACAGGCUGCUCCAAACCUACCUUCACAAGAUGAAGCUGCUUCAAGAGGCUGACCCCGACGAUGCCUGACAACAGCCGCCCGCCUGGCAAAAUCGCUUUCUGAAUGCGGAGGAAGACACAAUAUCAUAGAAGCUGGAACGGUUGAGAAAAUGCUACUAUGCCAAGGCAGGUUCCGUGCUAAGGUGGCUUUUCUUUGCCAGCAAAACCAUCCUCACAUGACACUUCCACAAGACGCUGUUCGCUUCGAACUUCUCUUCCUUUCUUGGAACCCUGCAUGCACUGUCUCUUGGCGCAUAAGACAGACACACGGUAGCUCUGAUUCAUAACAAGGAGGUAGCCUGUACGCACUUGGUGUGGCUUUCACAUCGUCGAUGAAUCCUUCAGUCUGAACACGAGCGCAUCACUGAUAUCUGUAACAAGAAUUAAUUCCAUACAGAGCCGUGCCUUGGAUUGCCCUGAGAUUUUGCAGAGCCGCGAUCUUAUUGACACACUUGCGGUGGAGGGGUAUAUAAGAACUUCUGGCAAAACCUUUCCUGACAUGCAACGAUUCUGUUCACCUGGCCAGCUACUUUCGAUCAAUGCACUGGAGCACACAUGUCAGCACAGCUGCUCAAUUUUGUUGUCAGCACUGUCGAAGGGCAAGCUGCAAUUCUUGAUUGGGCAGAGCUAUGGUAGCAAUGUUGUUGAUGCCUUUGCCAGAUCCUUUGAGCAUGCUGGCGGAGAGUUGCGCUGCAUAAUUCUAUUAGACAGCCGCUGCCUUGAGCGGAGGCUCUCGGGCCUGAAGGAUUUGGAGUGUGGUAAGCAGAACUUGUGCAGCGUGCACUUCCGGGUGCCUGUGCUUCAAUUGCAGGUCUUUGUGCCGCUUGCUAAGCCUUCUGAUUCCUCCUGCACGAGCCUCGUGCGUUCCUUCCACGAGCUGGUUGACUGUUGCCCUGAGGCAGCGAUUCGAAGCUCUGAGGUCUUACAGGCGCACUUGAGAAAUGCUGAACACAAUCUUCUUCCUGUAACGCAUCCGUACGACAUCUGUGAAAGAAUACAAGCCACCCACAGAUGUUCGGGUCGCAAAAGUCGCAAGAAGCUCUGCCGAAAGUUUGACUCGACCGCAGUGAUUCCUCACAAUCCAGGGAACAGCUAUGAGAUUUUUCAAGACAUUGGCAGGGAGUGUAUGUAGACGUUGAUUCUUUCACUCUUCCUGAGCUGCCAAAGCCUUUGAAAGCAGCCUGCUUGCGGUGCCAGAGAAGAUCCAAUCUGAGUUCGCAAUGCCAUAUUCUUCUUGAAGGUACUUGCUAGAGGCGUGGAG